AAUAAAUGCACCAACUGAAAAAGAAAAGAAAAGAAAAAAAAAAGGAAGAGAUAUACCCAAUAUUUCUCUGUCGGCCCCUCCCAAACCUAGGGUUUUAACCCGCACCGUCAAAAUCCGAUUCCUACUGGAGCUCCGUUGCUGGAUCGAUCUUGACACCGGCAAUGUCGCCGGCGUCGGAUAACUCCCUGUCGGAUUCUCAAACACAACGUUUAAAUGAUCUUUCGAUUGUUUCUCCUGAAGAAGCAACUGUAGAACCCGAUGAAGUAUUAUCAGUUAUUGAAUCUUUGAAGAGAAAAAUUGCUUCUGAACGUGCUGAUUAUAUUAAGAAAAGGGUAGAAGGAAAUACACAAAAGUUGGAGAAUUUGACAAAGGAUCUUUAUAAUUUGGCAACAGAGAGAAAAUGUCUUGAAAUCUUUGAUGCUGGCGGAAAAAUUGAUCUACUAUCGAAAAGACAAAAGGAUGCACUUGAUAUGCAAAAUGGCAUUGAUACCAGUAAUGGAGACGAUGAUAGUAAUAGCUCUGAAGAUGAUGGAUACGCCACUUCUGCAAUUCUUUUAGGAUCAAGUAUUGCAGUCAAGAAUGCCGUACGUCCCAUUAAACUUCCAGAAGUAAAACGCAUCCCUCCAUAUACUUCAUGGAUAUUUUUGGAUAGAAAUCAGAGAAUGACAGAGGAUCAAUCUGUGGUUGGUCGUAGAAGAAUUUAUUAUGACCAGAAUGGUGGGGAAACUUUAAUUUGUAGUGAUAGUGAUGAGGAAGUACUUGAAGAAGAAGAAGAAAAGAAGGUGUUUGCAGAGUCUGAAGAUUAUAUGCUGCGAAUGACUAUCAAAGAAGUUGGCUUGUCCGAUAUUGUGUUGGAUUUGCUAGGACAUUGCUUGUCUAGAAAGCCUAGUGAAGUGAAGGCAAGAUAUGAAGCUCUUGUUAAGGCAGAUGAUGUAGGCACUUCGAAGAAUGAGUUCACGGAAAGUUCUUUAGAUUUAUAUCUUGCCAAAGAUCUUGAUGCUGCUCUGGAUUCUUUUGAUAAUCUAUUUUGUCGUCGAUGUCUUGUCUUUGAUUGUAGAUUACAUGGAUGUUCACAGGAUCUUAUAUUUCCUGCGGAAAAACAAUCACCAUGGUACUGCUCCAAUGCAGAUAUGGAGCCCUGUGGACCAAAUUGCUUCAGCCUGGCCAAAAAGUUCGAAAGUAAUGCUACAGUGAUCUCUCCUCAGUGUGCUAGUCAUGGAGAAAAAUCCAUUCUGCCAUCUGAUGUUGCUAAUAAUACUCAGAUGCCAGGUAGGAAGCAUGUAUCAAGAAGAUCAAAGUCUUCAAAAGGUGAAGGUGCUCCAAAUGCAAAAAACAUCUCUGAGAGCAGUGAUUCAGAUAUAAGACCCGUAAAUGAUAUCACUUCUAAUGAGCGUUCUUCAUCUCCAUCAAAAAGCAAAUCUGACAAUAAAGAUGGCAGCAACAAAAGAAACAGCAAGCGAAUAGCUGAACAUGUUCUAGUUGCCAUUAAGAAAAGACAGAAGAAAAUGGCAGUAUUAGAAUCUGAUACUGUUGCAAGUGAAAGUCUAGGUUUCAAAGAUUUGAAUCUUCACUCUAUUUCACGGAAGGAAAAUGAAGAUGCAAGUCCAUCUUCACAAAAAGCACAAUGUCAUAGUACUAAAAGGUCUAGGAGGAAAAACUCUCCGGUUUUGGACAGUAAAAAUUCUUUGCAAGGCAAGGCUUUUGGUUGCAAAGUGAUGGAAGUUAACAGUGAAAAACCUGUGGCAAAUUGUGAUGACACAUUGGGGAAAAAUGAAAAAGUGGGUGAGAAUAACUGCAAACAAGAAGUAGAUGGUACUAAAUCUUGGAGACCCAUUGAAAAGGCUCUCUUUGAAAAGGGUCUAGAAAUGUUCGGCAGAAGCAGCUGUUUGAUUGCUCGAAACCUCAUGAAUGGUUUGAAGACAUGCUGGGAGGUUUUCCAGUACAUGAACAAUUCCGGGAAUAAGCUAUUCUCAGGCACAGGUGAUGGGAUGGAUGACAUUCUUGAAGGUGGUUGCAAUGGCGAUGGUCAGGAAAUCAUGGGUGAACCUCGAAGAAGAUCCAGAUUUUUGCGUAGAAGAGGCAGAGUUCGCCGAUUAAAAUACACGUGGAAAUCCACUGGAUACCAUGCAAUUAGGAAACGGAUUUCUGAGAGGAAGGAUCAACCCUGUCGGCAGUUUAAUCCAUGUGGCUGUCAAGGCCCCUGUGGAAAGGAGUGUCCCUGUAUUGUAAAUGGGACCUGCUGUGAAAAAUACUGUGGAUGCCCAAAGGGUUGCAAGAAUAGGUUUCGUGGUUGUCAUUGUGCCAAAAGUCAGUGUAGGAGCCGUCAAUGCCCUUGCUUUGCUGCUGGCAGGGAAUGUGAUCCUGAUGUUUGUCGAAAUUGUUGGAUCAGUUGUGGCGAUGGUACGCUUGGGGUUCCUCCACAAAGAGGUGAUAGUCAUGAAUGCAGGAAUAUGAAACUACUUCUCAAACAGCAACAGAAGGUACUUCUCGGAAGAUCUGAUGUUUCUGGCUGGGGGGCCUUCUUGAAGAAUACUGUUGGAAAACAUGAAUACCUUGGGGAGUACACAGGUGAAUUAAUUUCACACCGUGAAGCUGACAAGCGUGGCAAAAUUUAUGAUCGUGAAAAUUCUUCAUUUCUCUUCAAUCUUAAUGAUCAGUUUGUGCUUGAUGCACACCGGAAAGGUGACAAACUAAAAUUUGCGAACCAUUCUCCUGUUCCAAAUUGCUAUGCUAAGGUCAUGAUGGUGGCUGGAGAUCACAGAGUUGGUAUCUUUGCUAAUGAAAGAAUUUGCGCUGGAGAAGAACUCUUUUAUGAUUAUCGUUAUGAGCCAGACAGUGCACCUGCCUGGGCGAGGAAGCCCGAGGCAUCUGGUACUAGGAAAGAGGAUGCUGCUCCUUCAAGUGGUCGUGCUAGGAAGCAUACAUAAUUGAGUGCCCAUUUAACUGAUUUUUUGAUCCGUUAAUUCUCAUUCUUUUGCGCAACUCAUCAUUGACGACCACCAGAUAGAGCUUCUAAUCAUUCCAUUCCUGGAGAGGCCAUUGCAAUCUCCAUUUAACUGAUUAUAGACUUUUUUUUGUUUUGGACUAGGCCAUUCUCAGAUUUGAGUAUAUUCAAGCGGGAAAAUGAUUAUAUGCUUAGUAGCUUCAUCAAACAUUGUUUUUCAUGUAAACAGAGAAUGCACAUUGAUCAAUUAUUUUCCCAAUA